CGCUGCAGUUCUUCUUGGACGGAUCUCCCUGCGGCUCGCCUGACUUCCUGUCCCCCGCCGCUCGACCGUGACAGGAUGUUUGAGGCGCGGCUGAUCCAGGGCUCGCUGCUCAAGAAGGUGCUGGAGGCACUCAAGGACCUCAUCACCGAGGCCUGCUGGGACCUGGGCUCGGGCGGCAUAAGCCUGCAGAGCAUGGACUCCUCGCAUGUCUCGCUGGUGCAGCUCACGAUGCGCUCCGAGGGCUUCGACACCUACCGCUGCGACCGUAACAUCGCCAUGGGGGUCAACCUCGUCAGUAUGUCCAAAGUACUCAAGUGUGCUGGUAAUGACGACAUAAUCACACUAAGAGCAGAAGACAAUGCGGAUACACUGGUUCUGGUGUUUGAGACACCAAAUCAAGAGAAAGUCUCUGACUAUGAAAUGAAGUUAAUGGAUUUGGAUGUAGAACAGCUUGGAAUCCCAGAACAAGAAUACAGCUGUGUGGUGAAAAUGCCUUCUGCUGAAUUUGCUCGUAUCUGCAGAGAUCUUAGCCACAUUGGAGAUGCUGUUGUAAUCUCUUGUGCAAAAGAUGGUGUUAAAUUUUCUGCUACUGGAGCACUAGGAAGUGGAAACAUUAAACUGUCACAAACAAGUGAUGUGGAUCAAGAAGAUGAAGCUGUUGCAAUAGAGAUGAAUGAGCCAGUCCAGCUGACUUUUGCUUUGCGAUACUUGAACUUCUUCACCAAAGCCACACCUUUGUCUCCUACAGUUACACUCAGUAUGUCUGCAGAUGUUCCACUGGUGGUGGAAUACAAGAUAGCAGACAUGGGACACCUGAAAUACUAUUUGGCUCCAAAGAUUGAAGAUCAGGAAGAAUCUUGAGACUUUAGGGGAAGAAUCAUGGUUCUUGUGGAAGACCAACCUAGGCUGAAAGCCAGUGUACCAUUUCAUGUGUCAGCCUUGGUGCACAGAUUGAUCAUGUAUGCACUUAGGCCAAAUUGUAGAUAUUUCUGUGUAAAUACUUCUUUGCAUUUCUUAUGCAAAUACAUUUUCUAAAAUAGUCUUUCUUAUCUGCUACCCGUAUUCAUUUUUAUUACUAAACUUAGCUCCAAGAAGAAAGGGGGUGCAAUAUUUAAAAGGAUGAGUGAUUUCUAUGGUAAUCUCUCAUGUUGAGGUUGCUGUUGACUAAUUAAAGCAAUGAUGCUUAGAGAAAAUUGCUUUUAGUGAUCUGCCUUUAAAUGGUAACCUUCAGAAAUGACCAUUUAAUAAAGAAUAUUCCAUGUUUCAGCUUC